AUGUAGGGAGUCAUCACUGAAAACAACCUUUCUGGAAAAUGAUUUUUCUAUUAUCUGUCCUGUCUUUGUUAGUAUGCCAAGCUGUGUUAUCUCCCAUUUCCAACGAUGCAAUAUUUCAGUAUGUCGAUGACCAUAAGGAUGAAUUUGUUCAGAGGCUGAAGGACUGGGUGGCCGUAGAAAGCGAUUCCAGUGACCCAACAAAGAGAGACCUGGUAAAUAAUAUGAUGCAGAUCACAAAAGACUUCAUCCUCAAGCUUGGUGGAAGCGUUGAGAUGGCUGAAGUUGGUGAACAAGAGCUUCAGUCUGGGAAGAAAAUCCCUUUGCCACCAGUUAUCCUUGCUGAAAUUGGAAAUGAUACAAACAAGCCUACAGUCUGUUUUUAUGGACAUGUGGAUGUCCAGCCUGCAAACAAAGCAGAUGGAUGGUUAACAGAGCCAUACACCCUUGUAGAAAAGGAUGGCAAUCUGUAUGGUAGAGGCUCCUCUGACGACAAAGGACAAGUUCUGGCACUGUUGCAUGCAGUGGAAGCUGUUAACACAAUCGGCCUUCCCGUAAAUGUGAAGUUCAUCAUCGAAGGCAUGGAGGAAGUGGGGUCCAAUGGACUGGACAAACUGGUUGAAGAGAAAAAGGAUACAUUUCUUUCCAAUGUAGAUUACAUUGUAGUCACAGAUACCCCGUGGCUCAGCAAAAAGCCAGGGAUCACAUAUGGAGCCAGAGGAAACUGCUACUUUUUUAUAGAGGUGCAGGGUGCACGGAGGGAUCUUCACUCUGGUGGCUUUGGAGGAACAGUAUAUGAAGCUAUGAGUGAUUUGAUAUACUUGCUUGACACCCUUGUAGAUGCGAAGGGCCACAUCCGGAUUCCAGGGAUUUACGAUGGUGUAGUCCCACUAACUGAAAAAGAAAUUAAGCUUUAUAAAGACCUUGAAUUCAAGUUAGAUGAACUACAAGCUGACACAGGAGUUACAAGGUUCCUCCAUGAUACAAAGGAAGAAUUACUCAUGUACAGAUGGCGCUAUCCUUCCUUGUCAAUACAUGGGAUAGAAGGUGCUUUUUCUGGAUCCGGAACAAAAACUGUAAUUCCUGCAAAAGUAAUUGGCAAGUUCUCAAUUCGUCAGGUUCCCAAUAUGAAUCCCUCAGUUGUAGAAAAACAGGUAGUCGACUACUUGGAGAGCAAGUUUUCUGAAAGGAAAAGUCCUAAUAAAAUGAAAGUAUCUAUGAUUAUUGGUGCAAAACCAUGGCUAGCUGACAUGAACGAGCCUCAGUAUGUGGCUGCCAGAAAAGCAGUAAAAAGAGUGUUCAAUACAGAUGCUGACAUGAUACGAGCUGGAGGAACUAUUCCGAUUGCAAAGAACUUUGAGGAGGUGCUAAAGAAGAGUGUUAUGUUAUUGGGAAUUGGUGGACCGGAUGACGCUCCCCAUGGACAAAAUGAGAAGAUAAGCAUGUACAAUUACAUUGAAGGCACAAAACUGUAUGCAUCUUUUCUUCAAGAACUUGCAUCCCAGAAGGCACCAUAAUGGACAAUCUGGAACACCGUAGAACCAUCCGUUUAAACGUGCCAUUACAUUUGGUGGCAAAAUCUGUUUUUAGGGAAAUUUAGAUUGCGUUACACGUGUGUUACUUAACGAUGCUCUAUAUUGGAUUUGGUUUGUUUUUAUUGCCCUUUUUGAAUUUUGAUAGCAGCAGUUCC